UCAGCCGUAGAUCAUUGUCUAUUGUUCUCCAAACAGUAAACCACUAUUUCACACCGAGAGACUGUGGGCUGCAGUUCUGUCCGAGUCCUGGGCUCCUCAUGAAUAUGAAGUAAAGGGCUCUGACCCAGAAAGUAGCAGGUUCUGAGCAGGGUAAAAUGGGGUCUCGGAAAUGUGGAGGCUGCCUAAGUGGUCUGCUGAUUCCGCUUGCACUUUGGAGUAUAACUGUGAAUAUAUUAUUGUACUUCCCAAAUGGGCAAACUUCCUAUGCUUCCAGCAAUAAACUCACCAACUUCGUGUGGUAUUUUGAAGGAAUCUGUUUCUCAGGUAUCAUGAUGCUUAUAGUAGCAGCAGUUCUUCUUGUACUGGAGAGUGAUAACAAUUAUAAAUGUUGCCAGAGUGAAAACUGCAGCAAAAAAUACAUGACACUGCUGUCGAUUAUCUUUUCUGCCCUUGGAAUUGCUUUUUCUGGAUACUGCCUGGUCAUAUCGGCUUUGGGCCUUGUCCAAGGCCCAUAUUGCCGCACUCUUGAUGGCUGGGAAUACGCCUUUGAGGGCACUGCAGGACGUUUCCUUACAGAUUCCAGCGUAUGGAUUCAGUGCCUUGAACCUGCACAUGUGGUAGAGUGGAACAUUAUUUUGUUUUCCAUUCUCAUCGUUCUCAGUGGCCUUCAAGUGAUCGUCUGCCUCAUCAAAAUAAUCAUUCAAUUAUCCAAGAUACUGUGUGGAACCUAUUCAGUCAUCAUCCAGCCUGGAAUCAUUUGAAUAAGAACAAGAAUGUUUUCCAUGAUCAAGUUAUGGUCAUAUAUUUAAGUGUCAUAUUCAAUGUUCAAAUGAAGUUUUCUUCAUUUGGUAUUUAUUGUACCCAUUUGUGAAAUUUACAGUCCUCACUGAAAUUGCAAAUUAUGCCACCCUUCCAUUUAUAAUUUUUUUCUAAACAAUACCAUGUACGUGUCAAGAUCUUUAGAAAUGUUCAUACCUUUUGAUCAAACAAGUGCAUUUCCAAUAAUCUAUAGUAUGGAAAUAAAUAAAAUUACAAGAUAAAACUUAAUGCAUAUGCAUAUAUUUCAAUUUUAUUUAAUAUUCUGGAAAAUUAGAAAUACCCCACAAGUCUAAAUUCAGGGGAAGGAUUAAGUAAAAACUGGUACAUUAGUUGUAAUAUUAUAUAGCCUUUGCAAGUGAUGUUUUAAAUAUUAUGAAUAGUUCUAUGUGAAAAAGCAGAUUGCAAAUUUAUGUUUACAGCAUAAGCAUAACUAUCUAAAACAAACAAAACACCUAUUAAUUAAAAUAUAGGAUAAAAGCUAAAUCUAGAAAAGUUUCCACAAAAAUGUCAAAUAAGGUAAAAAGGUAAUAGGUGACCCUUUUUCUUACUUUUCUAUAUCUUCCAAAUUUUCUUUAUUAUGUUUUAUAUAAACUUACAUAACCUAACUGAGCUCUUGGCAUCGUUUGCUCACUCCUGGUGAUAACUGUUGUGGGCUACAAGAGACAACCUUGAAAUAAAUGAGCAGUUGAGAACAUGUUCAGUGGAUUAGAGAAAGUGACCACUGACCAGAUGGUAACUGUCAUGGGAGUUAUCACUAUCUGUAUUUCUUUUUAGUGUCUUAAGCAAAACAUUUAUAAUCUUUCUACCUAUACUUACCACAACCUCCUUGAGGAUAGCAGCCACGUUUUAUAUUUUCCCAAUCACCCGUAGGGCCUAGUACAAAGUGGGCAUAGCAGGCACUCAGUGUUGGGUAUUCAUGCCAGGCCCUUCUGUUUCUCAUGUCUGCUCUGCUGAGUACCUGUCUCCAUCAUAAGCCCACUGGAUCUUAACACUUCUGCCACUUCGCCAUCACUCUCCUCCUUGGACACUGUCAGUGACGCUCUGCCAACACCUGCUCUGUGCCAAAGCUGGGCAGUAGUAGGCAGUAGUCUGGAGAAUGUCUCUCUCCUUGGCACCUGCUCAGCCUACAGCCUUCUUUAAGAGAAACUGCCCAGCCCACAGCCUUCGCUGAAGUGAGCAUCUUGAAAGCAAACCAUGUCGUGUACUAUAUGACCCCCAUGCCCUGGGUCCAGCUGACAGAACUGCGACAGGAACUCAAAACGUGGGCAGACUAUUGUCAACCUAGUGGCCUCUUCCUUAGCCUAGAGUUAAAUAUUGUCCAAAACAAGACUGGAAAAUUUGAACUAGAAGCCAAGAAUGAAGCAACCCAGGCAUUGCGGUCAAUAAUAAUAAUAAUGAUAAUAAUAAUAAUAAUAAUAAUUAAAGGUCAAGGAAGGAAGUCAACAUAGAGAGAAUACAUGAUCACUCUAUCAAGCCCAUAAACUCAGCAAGUCCAGUAUCCUCUUUUUUUAAUUCUCCCAGAGACUCCUCAGUCCUCUUGUAAAUAGACUUUGCACAGGUCAAUCCCACCAGUUUGUCAGACACAUUCAGACUGUCUCAAUCAUGUUUAGACUCAAUAUGGUACCAUACGCUGAGUGGACCAUGAAUAGAUGUCAGCUGAAUGACUCCACCACAGGACUGGAAACAUUGUUUAGAAGCAGAGACACAGUCAAAUGCAAUACAGUAUAUGCAUCAAUAAAUUAAAUAUUAACACAGUCAUCCAAAAUUUAGUAUUUAAAGAGUACAUACCGAUGAUGCAAUUUUAAAUAAAAGAGCUGGAUACAAAUUUAUGUGUGCAGUUUGAGCCCAAGUUUUUUUUAGUAACCAUGAAAUUACACAUAUACACAUAGAAAUCUUCAGAUACAUAGAAAAAAGACUGGAAAAAAAUACCUAAAUGUUAGUAGUUAAUAAUUAUCGCCUAGUGAUGAGAUUAUGAGUUAAAUUUCUUUACAAUGUCCUAUAUUUUCAAAUCUUCCUUUGAAAAUGUAUUACUUGAAUAAUUAGAAAAAAUAAAUAUCGUUUAAAAAGCAAAUAUGCUCUAAUCUUUUCUGUAAAAUCUAACGAGCUUAAAAUACGAAAGAACUAGACAUGAGAUAUGUGUGUGACAGCAUUUUUUCUUACCCUUUUUAGGAGACACUCUUUUUUAUUUUUUAAUUUUCAGAGAGGUUAAGUAUUGCCAGCUAAUCCUAAUUGAGAAUGAUUUCUAUUUGAUGCAUUUAUACUCUUCUAUGUAUUAUUUCUCUCUUAUUUUCCUUGCAUCUAUCUCAUUGUACUCUUCCUGGCUGGCUUCUUAAAUUGAAUGCCUAGCUUAUUAAUUUUCAAACUUUUUUCUUUUCAUAAGCAUUUAAGACUACAUUUGUUAUUUAAGUACUACUUUGGGUGCAUCUCACAAGUUUU